UUCAUUUCAUUUUAUUACAUAAAAUGUGGUUUCUUCGAUCAUUAGUCUUUAUUAUAUUUAUGGUUUCAAGCUUCAGUAUUUGGGACUUAAGCAAUGCAGGUCGUUCUCCAAUAUCCAAGAAAAUCACUGUUAAUCCCUCUGGUAGUGGAGAUUUCAAGACAAUUUCUGAAGCCAUUGCACGAGGCGUUCCUCGCAACAAUGAAAAUUGGAUUCGGAUCUCAGUUGCGCCGGGCAUUUAUUCUGAGAAAGUUAAAGUCCCUCGAGACAAGCCAUUCAUUAUCAUUGAAGGUAGGAGCAAAGAUUCAACAUUUGUUAACUGGGACAGCAACACAGAUUUCUUCAAAGCUUCUUUGCAAGUAUUGGCAUCAAAUUUUGUGGCGAGAAGAAUAACUUUCAAGAAUACAUACAAUCUUGCGAAUAGAAAUGAUAAAAAGGCCGCAGUUGCAGCUUCAGUCGAAGGAGACAAAAUUCUUUUCCAUGACUGUGCUUUCAUUAGUGUACAAGAUACCUUAUUCGAUUAUAAAGGUCGACAUUAUUUCAAGAAUUGCUAUAUCGAAGGUGUUGUUGAUUUCAUUUUCGGUAAUGGGCAGUCAAUUUACGAGGGUUGCAAUAUAAAAGCAACUGCUCCAGGAUAUAUUACAGCACAAUCUAGAUCAGCGCCAAGGGAAACUACUGGAUUUGUGAUUAAAUCUAGUAAUAUAUAUGGGACAGGUCCAGUGUAUCUUGGAAGAGCAUAUCGUCCUUAUUCGAGGGUUAUAUAUUAUCAGUGCAAUUUAACAAAUAUUGUGGCACCAGCGGGAUGGGAUGCUUGGAAUAACAAAGGCAAAGAAAACACCAUAACUUAUGUGGAGUUGGAUAACACUGGUCCUGGUUCAGACACUUCAAAGCGUGUUCCGUGGAUAAACAAACUCAGUGUGAAUGAAGUGAAGCAUUUUGUAUCUAUGUCUUACAUUGAUGCCGACCGAUGGCUAGAAAGGAUACCAAUUUAGAAAACUAUUUGUAAGUUUAUUCCAUUCAUACAGAGAGUGUCUCAGGGACACCUCUAUAUAAGUUCUUGGAACUUGAAA